CUCCUGGCUCACAGAAGUAUAGAAGACAUAUUCCUCUCUGGAGAUGCACACUUGCCGCUAUUAAUAUCGGUGGUUUGGGCUUCUUCUGGUGGCAAGCGGCAAGCAGCCCCACUCAGCCUGUGAGAACCAAGGUUACAGUACAGUAGUCAAUGACCAUACUGAGGACGUGGAAUCAUCCAAAACCAUGACAGUGUUGGUAGAUCAUGCCUCUGAAGACUUUCGUCGUUUGUGCAAUCGAUUGGAAGAGAAUGACGAAGGUCUGGCCGAAAUCACCGCUGUUUUGAUUCCACGAAUGCAAGAGGACGACUUUUUCCUUCUAGUCCAAAGACUCGCCGCCAACACAACAGUGCAAGACCUGUCAAUUAUCUUUAUGACACCCUUGUCCUCGGCUCAGUUUCAGGCUCUGGGUAGAGUGUUUAUAAAUAACACAAAAAUCACGGAUUUCCUACUCAUAUGCAACCCUAGGGUUGAGGCAAUCGAUAUGAGACCGCUCUGGGAGGGCCUCUUGCAGUCAAAGGCACUCAAAAAUAUCUCAAUGAACGGUUUUCAGACGCAACAUAAUGCUAUUGGAACCUUCCUUUCUGGAUGGAAUGGAUUCACUCAACCGAAUGAUGGUACUACUCCAGGAAUCCAUCUAUCCAAUUGUUUCAUUGGAACACUCGAAACCGACGCCAUUGUAACAAUGCUGCAAAAAGAAGACAUGAUCAAAUUUCAAUUUUACAUCUACAAUUGCCAAUUUGACUUGCCUGAAAACAGCACGGAUCCGCGACAACGAAUCGCCAAAGCCUUGGCACACAAUACCACGGUCAAGAGUUUCGACUUCAGAGGUUCUCUUGAAGACCAUCACUCAGCUUGUGCCCAGUCGUUUGGUCAUGCAAUGGCGGUCAACAAAACUCUUCAUUCUGUCGGCUUUGUGGAUUGUGGUGACCUGGCAGUGCCACUUAUCACUCAGGGCAUUGUUCAGAACCACAGACUCGCCUCUGCCAAAGUCAAGGGCAGCUCCCUUCCUCCCUCCGUCCAAAUCCAAGAAUGUCAACGACAAAUCAAUCAUUCCAUUGAAAUGAACCGUGCCGGACGAUAUUUUAUGUACGAUUGUGCAAGCCAAGAUGGAGAGAUGGAGCUAGAUUCGACAUGGCUUCGCUUGCUCAUUCAAAAUAUUGGUGAAAAACACGCCAUCAUCUAUUCUUGGUUGCGAGACUAUGUUGAUAUCUUUACACGAUUGGCAAUGUGUGGUAUGGCUGGCCAGAAGCGAAGAGCAACUGCCAGCAAUAAGGGAGAUGAUGGCAGAGGGCCCAGCAAAAGGGCCAAAACAGGCUCGAGCUGAAAGACUGAUUACUAUUCGAGCACAAGGAGACUUUUGACACCCACAGGAGGACAACGGAACCACCACUUCCACUACACAAGAAGAGCCAUUGCUUGGCAGAAUGUAAACAGCAAGACAUCACCAGCUACAAGGAGCAACUUGGUUAAGUGUUGCUCGUGUACUACUAGGGAACCUCAGAGCAUCCGGUUGCAGUGAUGUGUGUACCUGACAGUUUGUAAUAAAGGAAAGUGACAACUGCAGCCGGCAAGCUCAUCCGACCCGAGGUUGAGCGACGUGGUUUCUUUUGUCUUGACAGGCAGUAUCAAUAAGCAUAAAUCUAUAAGUUACUAAACUCUACCGUAGCAGAA